AUGAAGCGAUUGCCCCUGGCACCUCAUUCAGGGAUCGAGCCAAUCUUCAACGACUGGAAAACGAGCGAACUCCGGCCCCCAUUUCGAAUGAAGUUUCUCGUACGUGACACAUUAGAUUUAUCAGAACCCAUGAAUUAUGACCACAAACACUGCUGGCACCAAAGGAAAAAAAAGCCUUCAUGUGGCGCGAGCGAGCGAUCGCCACUUUUCGAUUCAAUCCCCAGCUCCUUCCAAGUUUUCGUGACGAUUUUGGCCGCUGUGGCCACUGUUGGGGCUCAGGGAGUGCCUCCGGUGAAUCCCGGUGGACAAGUUCCAGCCCCAGUGGAUUACCCGCAGCAGUUUGCCCCUAUCCAGCCUUUGACGACUCCGUUCAACGUUGCCCCGGAUGGUUUCUACGGGUUUAAUCCUUACAGUGGACCAGGAUUCGUUCCAGGAUUUCCUCAGUUUGCCCAGCCAGGAUUCAACCAGUUCCUUCCACUGCCAUACCAGUUUCCGCAACAGUUUGGACCACCAGCAGCCUACCCACAAUUCCCAUUGAUUCCGCAGAUUCCUCAAGUUCCUCCACAACUUGCUCCUGCUCAAUUACCACCAUUUGCGCAACCUCCUCAAAUUCCUCCAUUUUUGGAUCAACGUUUGCUUCAACCCGGCAAUCCUCAGCCAAAUGGAGCUGCUGUGUCCUACUCGAGCUUCCAGGUUCACAAUAACACUCCCCAACAGCAGCAACAGCAACCAUCUCAGACAGAUGAUUCUGCAUCAGCAGCUCCGGCCCAGGGAGUCAAUGGACUGCCAAAGCCAGUAACGACCUCCACCGGAAACGACAAUCAAGCUCCAAGCAAUUACGGAUCAGCUUUCGGUCGAUACGUGACGGCCAGUCCUCCGGCUGGCGUUGGACCCGGUCGAGUUGCUACGAAUGCGCAGUAAGAGAUGUGUUGAAGCCAAUCAAGAGUCUAGUCGUUGAGUUGGUUGUGAAGUAAAAUUUUGUGCAAUA